GACUCGCCUUGUGAUGUUACAGUUUCCUGUGUAGGGGACGCGCGGUACGACCAAAGCAAGUAACUAACGUGAUAAAUCUGGUCGUCGGGAGUGUACUUUAAAUAAGAGGACAGGGAGUACAUGUUCUCUAGUUCUUCCAAAGAAGCCACAACAGUACGAAGAAGAAGUGCAGACACAUUUUUCAUGGAAAAGAGUUUUAUUGAAGACCGUUGUUUCUAGAUAUCUUUAAAAUGGCUUACAGAAGAGACCAGCGUGAAACGUGGAACGAUCCCCAGUAUUUCAAUGAGAGAAACCAACAGCGCUUCCCACAAGCAAGAGAGGGGUCCUAUCAACGGAUAGUAAACGUCGUCCCACGGAAUCCUAUGUUUGAUAGACCAGAAGAAAAUUACAGAGAAUUCAUGUAUGAGGGGAAUUCCAGAAACUUUCCUGGUGAUAACUAUGGAAGUGAUCAGAGGAAUUGCCCCCCACAGAGAUGGGAAGAACAGGAUCGAUGGCAGAAAGAGCAGUGUCGUGGAGGAAGACAAGCAGAGUUCAGGGAAGACCGAGAACAGUUUAGAAGGAAAAGCUUUUUUCCACCUCACGUAAGAGACCGUUCACCUAAUAGAAAAGGUCCUGCUUACUACAGAAAUUCCCCUGGAGGACGGCGGGGUUCUCCACAUAGUCGCUCUGGAUCUAGUAUUAGCAACAAGAGCUUCUCUCCAGACAAGAACAAGCCCAGUUCCUAUCAGGCUCAGCACAACAAGAUCAAAGAAAGGCCAUCAACCCAUUCCUUAAACACUUCAAGAGAUGCUUCUCCACCGAGUUCUACAUCUCUGCCAACUUCAAAGAUAAGCUUGGAUAAAAGCAGCAGACCACCAGAGUGUCAGACUACAGAAGCAUUAAGUGAGCGGCCUGAUGACAUAUUGGAGAAAUCUAAUGAACAAGAUUUAUCUGACAAUCGGAAGGAAUGUGAUGAAAAAAUCAUUUUUGAAGAUGAACCAGAGGAGCCACAUACAAGUAAAGACAGCAGAGUUCUUGAUGAUGACUUUCUGGAUCGACGAUCUCAAGCAAUUGCAGAAAAAGCAAAAGAAAUUGAAGAGGUUUAUAGACAAGACUGUGAGACGUUUGGGAUGGUUGUGAAGAUGCUGGUUAAUAAAGAUCCAACUCUGGAGAAACAAGUGCAGUUAUCUUUGAGAGAGAACCUGCGUGAGAUCGGAGAACGAUGCAUUGAAGAAAUUAAGAAUUUUAUUUCAGAAUAUGAUAAUGCUCCUGCCCAACCAGAAUGAAUAGACAAAAAUAUCGGGUAUGUUUUUACAUAAUUGACUGUUACAUUACUAUUGGAACUAAUGUGUUAUUCAAAGGAGAUAGAUUAACACAAUACUAUCAGGUAACAUACAGACUUAAUUUACUCAUCUGACAUUAAUUGUUUGAGGGGGGAAAUGGCUCUACAUUGUUUAAGUUUGAAACCAGAAAUGUUAUUCAGAAACUGACUGCAGCAAGUUUGGCAAUAACAUUUUAAAACACAGUGAAUUCCUUGGCAAGCUGCUUCUAUGUUUAUUAAAGCAAUUUACCAUAAGAGCCUGGAUAUAGUUUUAUUUCUAAAAUUGAAAACCACAGAGGGAAAGAGGAAGAAAAGUUUCAUUAUAGUCUGAUUUUAAACCCCUCGCAUUACAUUCCUUACCCUUUUUAAUCUUUAUUUAUUUUGCUAAAGUUUAGAUUGUUACAUUUCUACAGUGUUAAGUAUAAAAUACUUGUUUUAAUCCUAGUUCUGCCAAAGAAAAUUAACUCCAGAGACCCAUUCAAUAGUUUGAUUGUUCUGUUGUAAAAUCUUGCUGAAUGCAUAACAGUAUUGGGAUGUAUGGUUGUUGUAAAGAACAUUGGUCAGCAUACAGUGUCUAUUUUGAAACCACUCAUGUAUUAUGGAUUUAUUAUUGUGGGUUUAAAGAGAAGUAUUUACCUGCUGUUCUAGAUUUUUUUGUGACUGAGGUUUGCUUAUUUCAUAUUUUCAUUUUUAGUAUUACUUUUUUUUUUUUUUUAAACAAGAAAAAUGGAAAGCAAGUUUUAAACUGACAAUGGUAAUAAACAUUGUAUAAAGUUA